AUGCCUCUCAAGUCGUUCUACACCCUCAAGACCAAGGCCGUGCCGGCCAGGUACGGUCUGAACAAGAACAUACAGGACCUGCUCAUUGCCCUCGAUGACCACCAUAACGGCUCUAUCGACGCAGAGGAGAUUGGCAGACUCGUGCGGUUGAGUCCAAAACGCCGAGCGGCCAUCGCCAAUACUAUUACGAAAUGCGCCAACAUCAUCAAGAAUCAACCCAACGAGAUUCCCACGUGUGUCGACGUCAUUGAGAUGUGUACAGAGCUUCUGGAAAUUGCAGAUAGGAAAUCUCCGGUUGAUGGAUUCCCCUUCUUUCGGUUGCCAAUGGAGAUACGAGAGCGAAUCUUCGCUCUGAUGAUAAAUAAUGUGUUCCGCACCAAAUCCGUUUUGCCGGCAAGCAACAGGCCGGGCCCCUGCAAAUGUCCUCGUUUCGACCGAGACAACACCUUUCAGACAACGCAAAUGAAGGACCUGAAGCGCAUCUUUGGUCCCAAUCUAAUAACUUUAGAAUUCUAUCGAGUAUUUUUCCGCACCAAGACGUUUCGAUUCCGCUGCCCCUGCGAGCUACGAUCGCAUUUAACGAAUAACAACAUACUCUUUGACAACGUAAGGAAAAUCGUGGUUCAGUGGAGCGGUCCCGAGGCGGCAAAGACGUUUCAGCUCUUGAAAUCGGUUCCCAAGCUUAAGAGUCUGGGAAUCGUAAUCUCUAGACUGACAUACAUUCAUCUCAACGAACGAUCGGCCUUGAUGAAGUCUUACUUCCCUCUGGCAUACAAGAAUACACGACUGGGAGACGUCCUGGGCCUGGACGAGCUCUUAGAAAUACGUGGGCUUAACCAGGUUGAAGUCAUGAUUGCGCAUUCCUCAAGAGGUGGUACUCAAUCAAAUGAGAUGGAUCGGGCAAACCUCUUGGAUCUUUUGUCUAGCAGGCUGACGCAGCCAAAAGAGUACGACAAUGAUGUGGAGUUGUAAUGAGAGAAGAGAUGCGCCAAGGACAAAAAAAGGGACUGCUGAAAUGUUUUGAUCGGGUAAUGGUACUAAUAGCAUGCGAUCGAGUAACGGGGUCUGUUUCUUCUUCGGCUGAUGGGUUUGGUAGUCUUGGUUGUGGUUGUUUUAAGCUUCGGGUACAAUGGGUUGACGGACGAAUAGAUAGAGCAAAACGAGCGAGCAAGCGUGGUCAUAAUGGAUAGAGGUCAAGGUAAUGGACCACAAUGACCCGCAGGCUCAGUCUUAUAGAAAUGUAGAUCAUAGCAUGUAACAACAGAUAAAUUACGAACAGCCUUCACGAAGAAUAAAGACCUCGUACUCAAAAAACGUUGUGAUUGUUCUUGUCUUAUACUCAUACAAAGUAUGGGCAUCCGGC